AAGCCCAUUUCCCUUGUUUUCGCAAAACUCUUCAUCAACCAAUCCAAGAACUGAUAAACCCAGAUUCCGUUUUCUUCUUUUUAAGAACCUUAUUUGGCUUCAAUUUGGUGGCGCCCCAACAGUUGUUGUAUGCUUUAGCAUUUUGAAGUGGGAUUUUCUUUUUGUUGAGUUAUUAUCCAUUGACGAGGUUUAAGUUUAAUACUAUUUUGUAGAGUUAAGUGAAGUUUGCAGUGAGGACUGAAUUGGUGGCGGUGUUAAGAAAGACACCAUGAUCGGAGGGUCACCGGGGAUUCGAUCAGGCAUUAACGGGUCUUUGGACAAACAACUGGAAGAUGGUGUUUUGCCAAUUCACGUGUUGUCAUCAACAAGAACUAAGCCUUCUAAAUUGCUGAAGGAAAAGGACACGUUGGUUCAUUGGGUCAGUAAAUUUGCUGGCCGGACAAAGGUUGGACUGCUACUCCUUUGUGCCAUAUCUGUCGCCGUUUUUGUAUGGGUCUUAUACAUCGGUAAAGAUGAAGUUCAGGAAAGUUACAAUGUCCCCAAGGUAAAUGAUAGCUUGGCUCUAAAUAAUUCUGGAUCUCCUCUGAUAAAUGGAGAGCAAAAUAUCCGAAUACACAAUUUGACAUCUUUACCGGUUGUUGCGGAAGGAUCUGAAGUUAGGGUACCACCCCCUCCUCCGUUGUAUUUUCUGGGCUACAAUCUUCCACCCGGACAUCCAUGCAAUAAUUUCAGUUUACCCCCUCCACCAGCGGACCCUAAAAAAUCGGGACCUCGCCCUUGUCCUGUAUGUUACCUUUCUGUGGAGGAAGCUGUUGCUUUGAUGCCAAAAGUCCCAUCAUUUUCUCCAGUUCUUAAGAAUCUAACAUAUAUUUAUGAGGAAAACUUAAAUACGGUGACAGAAUUUGGAGGUUCUGACUUUGGUGGGUAUCCUACACUGAAACAGCGUGAUGAUUCAUAUGACAUACGAGAGUCUAUGAAUGUGCAUUGUGGAUUUGUUAAAGGAAGCAAACCUGGCCACGGGACAGGAUUUGACAUCAAUGAUGAUGAUCUUCUUAAGAUGGAGCAAUGUCAUGGAGUGGUGGUUGCAUCUGCAAUAUUUGGAGCUUUUGAUAUCAUACAAGAACCUAGGCAUAUUAGUGAAUAUUCCAAGCAAACUGUCUGCUUCUAUAUGUUUGUCGAUGAAGAAACAGAAGCUGACUUGAAAACUAACGGCGGUCUAAAUGAGAGUAAUAAGUCUGGAUUAUGGAGAAUAGUUGUUGUGCAUAAUCUUCCUUACACUGAUGGAAGGCGCAAUGGGAAGAUCCCAAAGCUUCUACUCCAUAGGCUAUUUCCAAACGCUCGUUUUUCUUUGUGGAUUGAUGGGAAGCUCCAGCUUCUUGUUGAUCCGUAUCAAAUUCUUGAGAGGUUCAUGUGGAGAAAAAAUGCUACUUUUGCAAUUUCUCGGCAUUAUAAACGCUUUGACGUAUUUGUUGAAGCUGAGGCGAAUAAAGCUGGUGGCAAAUAUGAUAAUGCAUCCAUUGACUUUCAGAUUGAAUUUUAUAAAAUGGAGGGUUUGACCCCAUAUUCUGAGGCUAAACUUCCUAUUACUAGCGAUGUUCCUGAAGGAUGUGUAAUAAUAAGGGAGCAUGUUCCUAUUAGCAACCUCUUUACUUGUCUUUGGUUCAAUGAAGUGGACCGUUUUACUUCCAGAGACCAAAUUAGCUUUUCGACAGUAAGGGAUAAGGUUGCGGCAAAGACAAAUUGGACACUGAAUAUGUUCUGGGAUUGUGAAAGACGCAACUUUGUCUUUCAGCAAUACCAUAAGGAAAUUUUAGAGCGUCGGGCUCAUAUGGCUCCUCCACCGUCACCGCUAUCUUUGGCCAAUGAUCCGCCUACGAUAUCUUCGCCUGAAACUUCAGGUGUCUUGCCAAGACAUGGAAGAGAUGGCAACAAAAUCGUUUCAAGGUAGAAGUUUUCUCGAUGUUAACUGUCAUUCUCUUUUUCCUCCACAUUCGGAAACUUUCAUCGCCAACUGAUUGGAAGAGAGUGUUGUAGUUAUGUUCCAUAAAAAACUAAAUACAGUUCAUCCAAAAUCUUCCUUUUAAACCUUUUAACAAUACCUAUUAUCAUUCAUUUUUUAUGUAUAUAAAACUAUGAUCCCAAAUGGUUAUUAAGAUCCAUGUGAUACCAAUACCAC